AUGUCCACUACAAAUCCCCCCAAAGCCCUCCUAACCGAUGUCUUCGGUACCGUGGUCGACUGGCGCUCGAGCGUGACAAAGCACCUCACCCUCUCCGCCUCAGAGGCCCUGAAUUCUCCGACGUCGUCCAUUCCCAGCGGCGCGCGCGCCGCCGCCUCGCAGAUCUCCUGGCCCGAGGUCGCCCAACUGUGGCGCACGUCCUAUUACCACUUCACGCGCACGUACGACCCGGCCGCGGCGCAGAAGGACCCUUCCAAGUUCAAGACGGUGGACCAGCACCACGUCGAGGCGCUGCACAAGAUCCUGGUCGACCACGGCCUCGACGGCCUGUGGACCGACGAGGAAGUCCAGAAGAUCAGCAUGAUCUGGCACUUUCUGGACCCGUGGCCCGACUCGUCGCCAGGCUUGGCCAAGCUGAACGACAAGUUCGAGACCGCGACCCUGAGCAACGGCAACACGGCCUUGCUGCAAGAUCUCGCCCGCCACGGCAACCUGCCUUACAAGCACAUCCUCUCCGGCGAGGACUUCGGCGCCUACAAGCCGCAUCCGAGCGUCUACCUCGGCGCCGCCAAGAAGCUGGGCCUGGAACCGGGUGAGUGUGCGCUCGUGGCCGCUCACCUGGGCGAUCUCAAGGCCGCUAGGGGCUGUGGCUAUCAGACCAUCUACAUUGAGAGGUCACAGGAGGAAGGAUGGUCGAAGGAAGACACCGAGGCGGCGAAACAGCAAGGCUGGGUGGAUAUGUGGAUAAGCCUCGACGAGGGCGAUGUAGGCUUCCUGGAGAUUGCCAGGAGGUUUGGCAUAUAA